AUGAGCUGGCCGAAGCUGCUGGUGUUGGGAUCACUUCUCAUCCUGGCCAAUGCAUUUUUGCCCUGCAGUGCUGGGCUAGUGGAUAAUGGCCGGCACACCCUUGCGGUUUGGCAAUCCAACUCAUUCCCGCCAAGAAGGUUUCCUGCACCUCUUGCUUCCAGCCCCCCGAGCUCAUCUUUUCCAGAUGGUGGGUCAGAAGCUUCGGCAGCACAAAGAGGCUCUGAAACACCACCAGCGGCUGACCAAACAACUCCUUCUAGUUCCUCCGAUGACCAAACGGCUGGCCACGCACAGGUCUUUGCCACCAGCGUGACAUCUGCAAAUCCCACAUCACGAACCGGUCAUGUUGGAAUACCCACCACGCUGAAAACUACAGGGGGAACAGCCGCGCCAUCCGAACCACUGACAGACCGAACCGGAGUUCACACAGUCCUGGAAACGACAGCAGCUCCGCAAAAGACAGCAUCGGAACCCAGGACACCCCGACGCCAGGAAACUACUGUCCACCCAAUGCCAUCGACUACAGGAAAAGCCGAGGGGGCAAGUGAGACCACCCCCGAGCGUAUCACCAUACAAUGGAUGAACCGGACAACACACCUACAUACAGCAAAUACAGGGGCCGUGAGGAAUAUGACGUCUGCUCCAGGAUGGAAUAAAACCACCAUUCUCUUGCCAACCACCUCAGUACAGCCCACCCUUUCCCCUAAACCAGCUCCGGCCGCCACUGGGGUUUACAGUGUCAAGAACGGAACAGAAGACUGCAUUAAAGCCUCCACGGGGUUGACAAUCAUGGUUCAAAACAGCAAGACAAAGAAAGCAGAGUAUCUUAACAUUGACCCGAAUGCCACGCAGACAUCAGGAAGCUGCGGAAAUCUGCAGUCGACGCUGAAUAUUACUUUCCAUGGUGGUUUCAUCCGCUUUACUUUCAGAAAGGCCACAGAUGUAUAUUAUGUCUAUGUGAUCGAAGCCAAUUUAAGGGUACCCUCUGAGGGUUCACUGUACUAUGGAAUCGAAACUGUCCAGCUCUUUACAACUCCAAUUGGUAGUUCUUUUAAAUGCUUCAGCAAGCAAACCAUAGAUAUGGACAAAAACAUUCGGCUGUUGGCUGUCAAUACCCAACUGCAAGCCUUUGAUAUUGUCGGGAACCAAUUUGGGAAAGUGGAAGAGUGUGCUCCAGACAGAAACAAGAGAAUUAUCCCAGUUGCGGUAGGCCUCAGUUUGGCAGGAUUAUUGAUCAUUAUCAUCACCACCUGCGUGAUUUACAACAGAAAACCCAACAGAGGAUACGACCGCAUCUGAUUCACCACUUUAUUGAAGAAUGUACCCAGCAAAUAAGGUUGCCAACCUCCAGGUGGGGC